UUUAAUUUCCACCUUCAUUGAGGAAAAAUGAAGGUGAUGAUGAUGAUCAAACUGUUCGUAACCGCCAUUGCCAUCACCGUGGCGCUAACCAUCGCCAUUUCGACGACGAAAAACACCGCCGUGGAAGGGGGGAAUGGCGGCGGCCGUUCGAUGAGUUCGGACAGUACGGCGGUGGCGGCGGCGGCAGUUGGGCCGGCGUCGAGAAAAGUGAGCCGUUUCCUGGCGGAGGAGAAGAAUCCGAGAGCGGCGGACCACUGCAAGAAGGACGACGAGAUCUGCUACGUACUGGAAGGGAAGAACUCCACCUGCUGCAACAACAAGUGCAUGGACUUGGGCUACGACAGACACAACUGCGGCGCGUGCAAGAACAAAUGCAAGUUCACCACCACAUGUUGCAGAGGUGAGUGCGUGAAUAUCUCCUUCGAUAAGCGCCACUGCGGCGCUUGCAAUAGCCCCUGCAAGCAUGGCCGCUACUGCAUUUACGGCAUGUGCGAUUACGCCUGAUGGAUCCAUGCUGGUCCAGAAU